AUGAACACGGCAUUUGACAGCAUCUCCAUAAAGAUAGCCUCGCCUGAUCAGAUAAAGGACUCGGCGAAACAAACGAGUUGUAGACACCGAAAUCCUGCUGAAGCUACAGAUGGCCCCUUUAUCUGCCCGGAAAAAGGUACGUGUAGCUGCGGUGAGGUCAAGAAGGCGGAGACUAUUAACUACCGCUCCUUUCGUCCAGAACCUGAAGGGCUUUUCUGUGAGGCUAUCUUCGGACCACAAAAGGAUUGGGAGUGUAACUGCGGUAAGUAUAAACGUAUUAAGCACAAAGGACUGAUAUGUGAUCGCUGUGGCGUUGAGAUCACACAACAACGCGUCCGUAGGGACCGACUCGGCUACAUCCAACUCGCUGCACCUGUCUCCCAUAUAUGGUAUUUCAAGGGGCUCCCAUCACGCAUCGGCGUUUUCUGUGGGGGGCUCUCUUCACGUGAUGUUGAACGUGUACUCUAUUUUGAAGGUUUUAUUGUCGUUGAGGUAACCGACCCAGAUUGUCCACUUGAAGUUGGGCAGGUGUUAACCGAAGUUGAAUACGUAGAGCAUAGUAAUAAGCACUGGGGCGGUUUCCGCGCUGGUACCGGUGCAGAAGUCAUCCGAGAAAUCCUUAGCAAUAUUGAUCUUGCAGAGAAGAUAGAAGCGUUAACCCAAGAGUUGGCGGAAACAACAAGCCACCAGAAAAAACUUAAGGUCGCCAAGCAGUUGAAGCAGAUGGCAGAUUUUGCGGACGCUGAGCAGCGACCCGAGUGGAUGAUUCUGGAUGUCAUUCCAGUGAUUCCACCGGAUUUACGACCGCUUGUUCCACUUGAAGGUGGACGCUUUGCUACCAGUGAUCUGAACGACCUGUAUCGCCGUGUUAUCAAUCGCAACAACCGACUUCGUAAGCUGAUACAACUCCGUUCCCCGGAGGUGAUUCUUCGGAACGAAAAACGGAUGUUACAAGAAGCCGUUGAUGCUUUCUUUGACAACGGACGACACGGUAGACGUGUCACUGGUCCCGGUAACCGUCCCCUUAAAUCCCUCGCUGAGGUGCUUAAAGGUAAAAUUGGACGGUUUCGUCAGAACCUGCUCGGUAAACGAGUUGACUACUCUGGACGUAGUGUUAUCGUUGUCGGACCUGAAUUGGGGCUGCACCAGUGUGGUAUACCGAAACGGAUGGCAGUUGAAUUGUUCAAGCCGUUUAUCAUUGAGCGACUGCAAGCGUACGGCUAUACACAGACGAUUAAGCGUGCGAAGCAUAUCGCUGAACACGUUGACUCCGAUUCACCUGUGUGGGAAGUCGUAGAGGAAGUAAUUGCGGAUCAUCCGGUCCUGCUCAACCGUCCGCCGACAUUACACCGACUCGGCAUUCAAGCAUUUUUGCCUGUCUUGGUGGAAGGCAAAUCAAUUAGAAUUCCGCCGCUCGUUUGUAAGGCGUUUAACGCCGAUUUUGAUGGCGACCAGAUGGCAGUUCACGUGCCGCUGACGGUGGAAGCACAGGCUGAGGCGAAACUCCUCAUGCUCAGCAGUCACAACAUUUUGAAGCCCUCACACGGUCGUCCGAUCGCCGUUCCUGAACUCGACAUGGUCCUUGGAUCCAGUUUCCUUACAAAAACGUUACCAGGGUACGCUGAGGAUGCGGCACUUUUGCACGAGGCGUACACUGAGGUCGUCACCGCCCAUGCUGCUGGUCAACUUAAACUGCACGACAGCAUCCAACUCUUCAUCACAUCCAAUGGACAUAGCGAAAACGGUGCAGCGACAGAGCCGAUUCUCACAACAGUGGGUAGAGUUAUCUUUAACGAAGUGCUCCCACGUGAAUUAGAAUGCCCGUUUUUCAAUACAGAAGCCGGCGGACGAGAAUUAUCUCAAAUAAUUGAGGAUUGCUUCCGCGAGUUGGGGACCCGCGUCACAACUGAAGUACUUGAAAAUGUCCAAAAACUCGCUUUUGAGUACGCAACAUUGAGCGGUAUUUCGCCCGGCAUCGCGGAUUAUAUUACACCUGGCAACCGGAACGAGUUGGUGAACAAGGCCAAGGCAGAAAUUGAGGACCUCCUUGAAAGUGCUCCCGCAACUGAGCGUGAGGAAUAUGAAAACGAGCAGAUUCGCAUCUGGCUGAACGCAAAGGACAAGAUAGAAGAUGAGAUGUUCAAUACCUUACCGCAGUUAGAAACCGCCCUUGGAUUAGAGAUAGACGACAAAACGGUGGUCGGCUUCAGUCCAGUGCAUAUCAUGGCAGACAGUGGAGCUCGCGCGCGAAAAGAUCCAUUCAUGCAAAUCAGCGCCUUUAUCGGAUUGAAGGCAAAGCAGGAUGGUGAUAUCCUCAUUCCACCGAUAGGGACAUCUACUUAUCGUGAGGGUUUGGAUGUGCUUGACUAUUUUAACUCUACCUACGGGUCGCGUAAAGGUUUGGUGGACACAGCACUGAAAACUGCUCAUUCUGGUUACCUCACCCGGAGACUUGUGGAUGUUGCCCAAGAUGUCCGCGUUACCACUGAAGAUUGCCAUACGCUGAACAGCAUCCAAAAGUUUGCGACAGAAGGCGGUGAUCUCGCCUUUAAAAUCAGUGGACGCACCGCUGCCGAGGAUAUUGUGCAUCCAGAGAGCGGUGAUGUGGUUGCUCACGCCAACACCGUUAUAUCCACGCAGGUGGCGAACCAGAUUGAUGAUCUUGGUAUAAAAGUGGUGAGGGUACGCUCCGUCCUGACCUGCCAGACGGACGAAGGCGUUUGUGCCAAAUGCUACGGGAACGAUCUGACAACGAAUAGCCUUGUGAAUGUUGGUGAAGCCGUCGGAAUUAUCGCCGCACAAUCCCAUCGGUGA